UAAUUGCUUAGUUAACGAGAGAGCGAACGUAGGAUUCCUGACCCUAUUAGAAGUUUUAUCUUUACAGGGAACUCCUGCAGCGAAUCCGGCGGAGCCGGACGCGGUGGUAGAGCAUGACCGGGAGCCAUGUGUUGCCUCACGGCGCACAGUUCUGGUAGUCUUACGAAGCAGAAGAAGGUGGAUGGAGCAGCGGCGGAUGGGAGAGCAACGCAUGGGCGCCACGCUACCUCGGCCGUGUCGUAGCCCCCGAUCCUAGUGAAGCCCUAGGACAAAGCGUUGGACUGUCCGGUUCCCUUAUCUCGCCCCCGCCUCGGAUCUGUCUACGUCCCCGCACCGCCUCGGUUGACUGCAUUGCCCUUCUUCCCUGAUCUUUCCCCCUUUCCGCCCUUAAUCGACCUCCGCCUUCCGAGAUUUGAUCGCCGUUUUCUUUUUGUCGAACGGGCGAGAUUAUGGCUGAUGUGCAGAAGUUGUUGUACAUCGUGGUGGUGGACGAGGGGGUGAGUGGAGGCGUCGAUGGCGAGGAAGGGAAGGAGCAGAGGCCGUCGUCGUUCCGCUACACGCGAUCGGGGCUCCAGAGCACGCUGCAGCUGAUGGGCUGCAAGGCGCGGCAUGCUUUUAAGAUUAGCAGAAGAGUAUUUGAUGUGAUGAGGUGUUCAGAUGGGAGUUUGUCUCCUGAUGCCACAAGCUCAGAUUUGGGAAAAACUCCAUCCAAUGAGGAGAACGAAUUUGAAACAACCAGUGGUUCUGGCCUGGCUAACAUAACUAACCAGUUGACUGGAGAGAAUGUAGAUACAAGCUGUGCAAUGCCUUUUGAAUUGUAUAAAAGGCUAACAACUGUUGUUUGUUCAAUGGAAUACUUUCUAGACGUUGUUUGUGGCGCUCUUGAGCAAUAUAAGUAUUUUGGUCCGAAUCAAAGGGCGGACUUGCUCCUAGCUUGCAGGAUUCGAGAAAAGAAGGAAUCUGUGACGGUGCUUUUGUGCGGCACUAGUGGUUGUGGAAAGUCUACUUUGUCGUCUUUACUGGGAAGCAGACUGGGAAUAACAACUGUCAUUUCUACUGAUUCUAUACGCCAUAUGAUGAGGAGCUUUGUGGAUGAAACGCAAAACCCACUUCUUUGGUCUUCAACUUAUCAUGCUGGGGAAUGUCUAGAUCCGGUGGCAGUUUCGGAAGCAAAAGCUAAACGUAAAGCAAAAAAACUUGCAGUCAUUUCACACAUCAAGGAAGAAGCACUUGAUGGAGCUUCUAAUGAAAAACCAGAUGGUAGAUCUCAUGAUCUAGUUCAGGGAACUGAGUUAAUCGGGAAAAAACAAAUGGCUAUUGAAGGUUUUAAAGCACAAAGUGAGAUGGUGAUAGACAGUCUUGACCGACUAAUCACAGCUUGGGAAGAGCGAAAAGAGUCUGUAAUUGUUGAGGGCGUACAUUUGAGCCUCAACUUUGUGAUGGGACUGAUGAAGAAGCAUCCUUCCAUAAUACCAUUUAUGAUUUACAUAACAAAUGAAGAAAAACAUAUGGAAAGGUUUGCCGUCCGUGCUAAAUACAUGACAUUGGAGCCAGCAAAGAAUAAAUACGUUAAGUAUAUCCAAAACAUCAGAGCAAUUCAAGAAUAUCUUUGUAAGAGGGCUGAUAAGCAUCUGGUGCCUAAAGUUAAUAAUACAAAUGUCGACAGGAGUGUGGCAGCUAUCCAUGCAACAAUUUUUGGUUGUUUACGCAGGCGAGAGGCAGGAGAGCAGCUUUAUGACCCAACUACGAAUACAGUCUCUGUAAUACAUGAUGAGUACCGAAACCAGUGUGCUGCAGAUACUCUUAGUUCCAAGGGAAUGUUUCAGCUAAUUCAGAGACAAGGAUCGUCUCGACAUCUAAUGGCUCUUGUUAAUACAGACGGAUCUGUUGCCAAAGCCUGGCCGGUUGAGACAGUUGGUCAUAGUGCAAAAUUUUCCUCAGGAAAUGGAAGUGAAAAAAGUGUGGGAAACCCCAUGUAUGGCCCCUUGCAGAUUGGGAAGGCUGAGCCAGUUAAUCUUCAGUUUGGUAACUUUGGGAUCAGUGCUUGGCCAAAUGAUACAUGCGGUACAAGUCAAACAGGGAGCAUCGAUGACACGAGAGCUGAUGGCACUGACACUGGUAGUAGAUACUUUUCUUCCUGUUGUAGUUCCCCAAAGGGAUCGGAUUGGCAUGCCAAAGAGCUCAAGGAAGAAAUUUUCGUGUCUGGCAGUGAAGAAGAAGCUGACUAUCCUGAUAGGGAUAGUGAUGAGGAUUUUAGUGAUAUCGACCAAGAGAAUCAUGAUGAGGUUGAAGGUUCAGUCGAUGAAAACUCUACGAAGUCAGACGAGGAGUAUGAGGAUUUGGCUAUGCAAGAUGACAUGGAAAAUGGGUAUAGAACUGAUGAAGAUGACGAUGAACUGACAAAUCUAAAGAAAAUUGCAGAUAAUGGAAAGAAACCAGUCGUCGAUGAUGGUAUUGCUGCAGAUAAGUACCAGCACAACCUCGACCUUUUCCUGAAGAUGAGCAUGGAUGUUGUCGAACCACCCUUUGCUUAUGCUUCUCUUCCCGAGAGGAACAGAAAAAGCACCAGCAUGGCAGAAAGAAGGCGAACCAUGAGCGACUCUAUUCAAUUCCAAAGCCAGACUAAAAUCAUCACGAGUAUUGGGGAAUAGAGAGCAUCGCGCCCUCUCUUUCUUGUGAAUUACUUCUUUUUGUGUGCUGAGGCAUUCACGUUGAGAUGAAUGGAGGCUUUCAUCUUUGGUGUUGUUGACGUGUGGUAUGGAAUUCUUUGAUGGUAGGAGGAAGAUACUGCGGAAUGUUCUGUUUUGAUUUUUGGCAUUAUGUUGAUCAAUGAGUAAUCUUCACGCUUAUGCGAA